AUGAAAUCAUGUGACGAGCGCGUCCUACUUCUGCGAGACGCGUCUCUCCUAGUCACCGUACCCACCGACAACGGGCUAUGCGUUGCUCUGAAAAACUUUGACGAUAUAAGGCAGAACAUGACCAUCUCUCUCUACGACCAGGAACAAACGGAUCAGGACUUGUUGUCGUACUUCGACAAGAGCGCGUCGGCCGUUCGUCAGUCGUUCAAGCACUUUGAGCAAGAGUAUGCAAGGCCUGCACUCAACUACUUUCUGGAGUUUUCUCGAUCCCGGCCUAUUCUUGCAACAUUCCUGGGUGUAUUCUCUACUUUCAGUGUCCUUCCAGUGCUCUCUUUCUUAGGAUUCUCUCUCUUCGUCUUCGCUUCCUGCAUUUUCUUCUCGCUCGCGGGAGCGCUGUUCGUAGCAACUACAAUAGUCCUCUUAUCAGGCCUGCUCCUCGUGGGCACGCUUACCAUUCUCUUCUUUCUCUCCCUGUUCCUCACAGCCUGUGCGAUGGGAAUAUACCUCUCCCUCCGCUUCGCUGUGCUGAUCAACAAGGAUGGACCACGAACAGGUGUCCCCGAGUGGUAUCAAGAGACUAAAAAGAGUCUUCUCGCCUCCCAGCCAGGGGAAGAUGCCGAUGCCUCGGGACAUCAGCCCAAUGAAUAUAUGGUCCGCAGCGACUCGGAGACGCUCAUCUUUGACUCAUUCCCCACUGCGCCAAUGGCUCAGGCAGAGGCCGAUAAACCUGGAGCAGAGGUACCUGAGGGCGAUCUGGGGAAGGACAUGGUCGUGGUGGUGAAAGAAGAGUAG